CUCCCGGCCUCCGCAGACAGACGGGCAGCCGCGGACCAGCCCGGCGCUGAAUCUCGCUGAGGCGGCUGACGGGAGGAUGAGGAAAGUCAAACGCAGCUGGGACCACCGAGUUCCUCGUGGCUGUUCCCACCUCCAGAGGACUCUUGUGCUUGCGUUGUUCGUGGUGAAUGCUGCUCUGGCAUUUUCACAGGAUAACGCACCAGCUUCCAACAGCCUUGAAGAAGGAGCUGAUGUCAUGGCCUACUGGUGGGGCGAGUGGACCAAGUGGUCAGCCUGCACUCGGACGUGUGGUGGAGGAAUCCGCUUCCAAGAAAGGCAUUGCCUGCAACAGAGAAGGAAGUUGGCGACAGGAUUUCUUAAUAAAACCUGCAAUGGGAUGUCCAAAAGAUAUCAGCUGUGUGAAGUGCAGCAGUGUCCUCCAAGUGGAAGGAGCUUCCGGGAGGAGCAGUGCUCCUCCUUCAACUCCCGGGUCUACAACGGGCGCACCUUCCACUGGAAACCUUUGUAUCCAGAUGACUAUGUCCACAUCUCCAGCAAGCCCUGUGAUCUCCACUGCACCACCACCGAUGGGCAGAGGCAGCUGAUGGUCCUGGCUCGGGAUGGCACUUCCUGCAAAUCCUCUUCUUUCCGAGGAGUGUGCGUGUCUGGAAAAUGUGAGCCCAUCGGAUGCGAUGGGGUUCUGUUCUCCCCCCACGUUCUGGAUAAAUGCGGGGUUUGCCAAGGGAAUGGCAGCAGCUGCACGCACGUAACUGGGAGCUACCGGAAGGGAAAUGCUCCACUUGGAUACUCUUUGGUGACUCACAUCCCUGCUGGAGCAACAGAUAUCCAGAUAGUCGAACGGAAGAAAUCUGCUGACGUUUUGGCCAUUGCAGAUGAAGGUGGCUCUUACUUCUUCAAUGGGGAUUACAGGAUAGACAUCCCUCAAAACUUCAAUAUUGCAGGGACUAUCUUCAAGUACAGGAGGCCCAUGGACAUUUUUGAGACUGGCAUAGAAUAUAUUGUUGCACAAGGACCUACCAACCAGGGCUUAAACAUCAUGGUUUGGAACCAAAACGGUAAAAAACCAUCAAUUACAUACGAAUACAUCCUGCAGGCAAGACCUUAUUUGAAAAAGCUGCCGCCAAUUUACUAUGGCUUCUCGGAAUCAGGUAGUGAAGAAAAAACGGAGUUCGAAGAAGGAUUCCUUUGGGGGCUCGCUCAGCUCAAUGCCAGCCUGCUGGCCACCCUCUCCCAAGAAAAGGGCCACCUGGAGAAGCUGCUCUUUGGCCAGCAAGGGCGAGGGGAUGAACUGAAGCUGAGCAAGAUGCAACAGACCAAUGAAGUUUACCCCAGGAACCCUCUUGAGUAUGGCCCUGCCCUCCCCAAUAAGCCCUCCACAGAAUCAAACACAACUAAAACCAAUUAUAAGGUGGAAGGAAAGAAUGGAAGCGAACUGGACUCCCUUCUCUCUUCUGAAGAGUUCCUUUCAGAAAAUGCCAUCAUCCACAGCUUUGGGGAUAAGAGAUCAGAUUCGAAAGAAUCCAUCUGGAACAAGACCCUGAACAAUAUUUUUUCUCCCAUGAACCCCAUCAACACCUUUGGGCCUGAAAUAGACCGCCUGUAUGUUGACUACGAUGACAGUGAUGAGCUGCUGGCUUAUGCUGCUAAUGGCACUUUUAUGGAGCUGACCCAUGAGGAGGCCAGCAACACAUCUUCGGAGAUCCAGCUCUCCAAUGCUACUAUUUCUAAUGCUGGUGCCCAGGGGAACAGAACCCAGAAGGCCAGGAACCGGCUGAAGCUCUUCCGGAAGGGCCAGAAUAUGAGCCCAGCCGACAUGUACCGCUGGAAGCUCUCUUCCCACGAGCCCUGCAGUUCCACAUGCACCACAGGAAUGAUGUCCACCUAUGCCAUGUGCAUCCGCUAUGAUGGCACAGAGGUGGAGGACCUUUUCUGCGACGCAGCCACGCGGCCUGAGCCCAUCCAUGAGUUCUGUGCGGGAAGAGAAUGCCAACCCAGGUGGGAGACCAGCAGCUGGAGCGAGUGCUCCAGGACCUGCGGAGAAGGCCACCAGUUCCGAAUUGUCCGCUGCUGGAAGAUGCUCUCACCGGGCCUGGACAGCUCCGUCUACAGCAACCUGUGCGAGUCAGCCGACAUCGCUCGGCCGGAAGAGAGGAAAGUCUGCAAGAACCCGGCCUGCGGGCCACAAUGGGAAAUGUCUGAGUGGUCUGAGUGCACAGCUAGGUGUGGUGAGAGGAGUAUGGUGAGCCGAGACAUCCGUUGCUCCGAGGAAGAGAGGCUGUGCGAUGUCACCACCAAGCCAGCGGCUGAUAAGAACUGCACUGGGCCGCCCUGCGACCGGCAGUGGACAGUCUCUGACUGGGGCCCAUGCAGUGGUGGCUGUGGGCCAGGCCGAAUGAUCCGGCAGGUCUACUGCAAGAGCAUCGAUGGGCGCGUGGUGCCGGAGUCCCAGUGCAACCCUGAAGCCAAGCCCCUUGCCAUCCAUCCCUGUGGGGAGAAGAACUGCCCCGCUGGCUGGCUCGCCCAGGACUGGGAACGGUGCAACGCCACCUGCGGCCGAGGGUUGAAGAAGCGGACCGUGCUCUGCCUGGAGAUUGUCAGCGGGAAGAUCAAAACGCGCCCCCCUGCCACCUGCGAUGCCACCAAGAAGGAGGCUGAGGAAGCCACAUGCUUUGAGCGCCCCUGCUUCAAGUGGUACACCACCCCUUGGUCUGAGUGCACAAAAACCUGCGGAAUUGGCGUGCGGAUGCGUGAUGUGAAGUGUUAUCAAGGGAAGGAUCUUGUUCGCGGGUGUGACGCACUCCUGAAACCAGUUGCGAAGCAGACCUGUGACCUCCAUCCUUGUCCAACAGAGCCACCAGACGACAGCUGCCAGGACCAGGCGGGGACCAACUGUGCCCUGGCGAUUAAGGUGAACCUCUGCGGCCACUGGUACUACAGCAAGGCCUGCUGCCGGUCCUGCCGAGUGCCCCGUUCCUAGAGGGGAGCCACGGCCUCCGUGUCCGAGGAGAAGCAACCAGAGCUUAGCGCCAUCCGGCAUCCCCUUCUCACCUCUUUUCCUCCAGCCAUGAUGGGGACUCCACUUGACCACCAACAUCGCCUGCAGAAUUCUGGAUUUUUCUUUUAAUUCACUUAGCAAAGUUUUGAUCUACCUAUACGUGACUCUCUACCUGCAAGUGAUUUUGUGCGUGUCUGUCUAGCUGCUCCUUCCUGUCUGCCUCCUCCGCAUCCAUUGACAUCUUGCCAGACUGGCUUGGCUUUCCUUGUAAUGGUACGUUGCCUGUUGCAGGACUGGGGCCUAGUCAGAAUGCCCCCCCCACCUUCCCUUCCACCUCUCUGCCUUAAGAGUCUGUCUCAUGGUUCCCUCGAGGCAGGGGUGGGGCUUUAAGUAAGAAACACCCCAAAUAAAAGAGAUGCUGAACCCUUCUCUCCAGUCCUGCAGUUAAUAAUUGCCCCAUGUAUUGUAAUGAAGGAUAUUUCAGGACUCACAUCCAUUUUGGUGGGAAUUGGUGGGAAUGACGUUUGCAUCAGCUUUAGAUAACGAAAAUGGCAAUAAAGUCACUAAAGGCAGAAGAACCCUGCCCAUUUCAGGCGUAGGCACUUUGUCUUUAUUCACACUCAGUAGUAAAUAUAAGUUAACAAAGGGCAGAUAGUAAAGUCCACUAAAUAUAAGGUGUAAGUGCACAUCUGGCAAAAAUAUUUUAUCUCGUAAUCAAACUCUUAAAUACAUAAUGCCAGCAUAUUGUAUAGGAUAAGGAAAACAUAGUUGCACUUUAUAACUCAAAGGGGCCUUGGACUCUUUUUUUAAUGUAUUUGUUUACAAAACAAUAAACUUUAUUCCUUUUACUGUUGAAUGGCACUUGAAGGUGUACUUUAAAUAAGGU